AUUCAAACGAACGCGAUAUUGAUGCGCUGCCACGGACACUGUCUAGCAGACGACGAUUUCACCAGCAGCAGCACACUUUCUACGUACCAUUAGUGGUAACAAAUUCAAAUAGAAUACAAGCCAAAAGAACAACAUGGCCACAAUAGAAAGAGAAGACCAGACUGUCGAAGAAAGCGUACUUGAUGAGGAUGAUGUAACUGAGGAGUCAUUUUUCCAGGACAUCGAUACCUUACAGAAUCAUGGGAUAAAUGUGGCUGAUAUUAAGAAGAUGAAGACCACUGGCAUCUGUACCAUCCGAGGAGUGCAGAUGACUACUCGAAAGAAGCUGUGCAACAUAAAAGGACUUUCAGAAGCUAAAGUUGACAAAAUAAAGGAAGCUGUUGCCAAAAUAAGUAAUAUUGGCUUCCUAACAGGGUUGGAAGUAAGUGAAAAAAGAAAGCAGGUCUUCAAGAUUACCACUGGCAGUGAAGAAUUUGAUAAACUCCUGGGUGGAGGCAUAGAAAGCAUGGCUAUCACUGAAGCAUUCGGGGAAUUUAGAACAGGAAAAACACAAAUCUCACACACACUUUGUGUAACAACACAGCUUCCUGGCAACAACGGAUACUCCGGUGGAAAAGUCAUCUUCAUUGACACGGAAAACACAUUCCGACCUGACCGACUGCGAGACAUUGCUGACCGCUACAACCUGGAUCACAGUGCCAUGCUGGACAAUGUGCUCUAUGCUAGAGCUUACACUAGUGAACAUCAGGCUGAGCUGAUGGACUAUGUAGCAGCAAAGUUCCAUGAAGAGGCUGGAGUCUUUAAGCUUCUCAUAAUCGACUCGAUCAUGGCGUUGUUCCGCGUCGACUUCUGCGGCCGCGGCGAGCUGGCUGAGAGACAGCAGAAACUUGCUCAGAUGCUUUCCAGACUACAGAAGAUAUCCGAAGAAUACAAUAUAGCCGUGUUUAUAACCAACCAGAUGACAUCAGAUCCAGGAGCAACUAUGAGUUUUGUUGCCGAUCCGAAGAAGCCCAUAGGAGGUCACAUUCUGGCACACGCGUCGACUGUGAGAAUCAGCUUGCGGAAGGGUCGCGGGGAAUGCCGCAUCGCCAAGAUCUACGACAGUCCCGACCUUCCAGAGAAUGAAGCUACCUUUGCGAUCACCACUGGUGGCGUAAACGAUGCGAAAGAGUAGACAGAUUCAUCGCUCUACAGUAGAUGUCUGCCUACGCCACUCCCACAACACACGCGAUAUCUAGUAACAUCCUGAAAUGAAGCCUGAUCGCAUCGCACACCGUAAAUUAUAACUAGAGGUAUUUAUUCAUCAUAAUGGAUCUAUAUUUGCAAGAGGUUUGCAGUUUUUCACGUUACUCAUUGCUGUUAUAAUUAUUAUUAUGUACUUUGUUAUUACUUAUUUAUCCUGCAAUGACUGGCGUUUUCGUUAUAUUAUGGUAAGGUCAUAUAUUUUUAUAUCCAACCAGUUUGUACUUUAAAUUAUGUGCAAUUUUUUACUUCCGCGAUAUUAUUUGUGUACAUAUCAUAUAAAAUUAACUAAGGAGUUAUAAGUUUAGCGUCAUUGCUCCGUUUUGUCAUUAAUUUAAUUGUAUAUGUGUUCUAUUGUACAGGUCGGUAAUUCAACCUCAACCCUGAUGUAAAUUAUUGUAGUUUCCAAAGCUGUAGUAAUCAUUUGACUAUCUGGCUUGGUGAUCACAAACGGGCUGAUAUUAUUAUGAUCCUUGUUAAAAACAUGAAAUAAAACAGCUAAAACUCUUGCGUUAACACAUGUCAGGUGCAUAUGAUUUAUCAGUGUGAUACAAAUUAUCAACAACUAGUUGUGUUUAACAGUCAACCGUCUAUUACAUCACACCACCCUUCUACUAUUACGUCCAUACUAGGGCAGCAAACGUUACUGUGCCAUCUAACAUCAGCAAUCAAAUAUAACCAACCUUGCGAUGAAACAUGAGAAUCUCUACACAGCUAUUGCUACUUUUUAGAUGACACAGACAAUCAGGUGUACAAUUGUAUGUUCUGCUAUGAACAUGACAAGACGUUUGCUACAGAAUUUUUUUUGCGAUCAACGCACUGGUAGAAAACUUAUAUGCAUAAAGUAUAUGUCAAGUAUCGAAUCUCAAAAUCUGUGGUUUUACAUCAUAAAAUUGCAUAUGUUCGGUGAACGCACAGACCUGGUGACCUUGCACGUAUGACCACACAACAUCAAAUACUGCUAUUUUAAAUUUCGCACACGGAAAGAGCUUCUACCAUUACAUGCAUAUCGAGUGAAUAAAGAGAGCAAAUCUCUACUACCCAGAAGCAAAUCAAUCUGCAUACAAUAAAUUGCCCCCUCCCUUAAAUGCACGUCUACUGGCGCAUCAAUGACGAAGGAUUGUGUCAGGAAGAAACACGAUCGCGAGAUUCGAAUCGUGAGAGCUUGAACCAUCUCCCGCGUGAUGCGUUACGAUUGAGAUUGCCGCACGUUGGUUUACGGGAGUCCACACCGCGCCAGGGACCUACGCUUACCAAUGCCAAUCGUCUCAUAUCGGUCGGUAGAGGCUUUUGGUCCCUUAAUCCCAGAAUUUUACGGCUGCAAAAAAACGCCUGCAGAUGGUAGGUAGAUUUUCUCUGAAUGUUUUCGUAGAUCUAUAAUGAAAAGUUACUGCAUGGUCACCUUUAAAUUCUUUGAUAAGUUGUCAGAUUCAGUUUGUUGACAAUCGAAUCCUAUUUCACCAAAUCGAUGCUGUUCCCAUGUGAAGGGUAUACAAGAUCGGGGA